UUGAGCCUGCAGAGGCUGUGUUCAUAAAGUUUGAAGUUUAUUGGGAAUUAUAAAAUAGAUUUAUUAAAAAUUUAUCAUAAGUAUACUUACAACAAUUUGUAAUAUGUUGUAGAUGGUUAACUUACAUUUGAUGUAUGAUAACUAGUCAUGUAUGCGUUGUAAUUUUAAAAGAUUUAUGCAAGAACGGCUAAAAUCUAAAGUUUAGCCCAUCGUCGUACCUUUCAUUGCACCGGCAAAAUGUCGAAGUGGCAAUCAGAACGAAGUAUACAUGAAAUGCUGAAAGAUACCCCUCCUCUUAGAGAAUCCAGUGAUUCAAUCACAUCAGGAACAGAGGCUAAAUUUUCCACUUCAAGAUCUAUGAGUUUUCCCUCAGCAUAUGUGUCACCAGAGAUGACACCAAAUGGAGCAGCAAAUACAAGUACACUUUUGCGAUCUAGCUCAACUAAAUUGGAAAAUCUCAAGAAUUGGAGUGUAUCAACUUAUAAGUGCACAAAACAACUUCUAUAUGAAAAACUUGGGAAAAGCUCAAGGACUGUAGAUACUGAGCUAGAAGCGCAGAUCGAGAUGCUUCGCGAGACACAACGCAAGUACUUAAAUGUUCUACGGUUGAGUACGGCACUAGCGGCACAGCUUUCAGCGGCAUCCAACACGCAACGCGCCCUUGGUGAAGCCUUUGCUGACCUGGCACAGAAGUCGCCGGAGUUGCAAACUCAGUUUCUAUAUAAUGCGGAUACACAGAGGUCCUUAACCCGUAAUGGCGAGACAUUACUAGCGGCUUUGCACUUCUUUAACAGCUCGCUACAUACAUUGGCCAACAAAAGUAUGGAGGACACUCUGCUGACCAUUCGACAAUAUGAAGCAGCCAGGGUGGAGUACGACGCAUAUCGUAGCGAAGCGGAAGCAGCGGGCACAGGGGCGGGUGGUAGCGGAGCGGGUGGUGAAGGCGUAGCGGCUCGACUUGAAAGGCAGCGGUCUGUGUAUGGACGACUCCGGGAUGACUCCGCAGUCAAGCUCAAGUUACUCCACGAAAACAGGGUGAAAGUGAUGAAUAAGCAGCUGUUACUGUUCCACAAUGCGAUAUCGGCCUAUUUCAGCGGCAACAACGUUGCCCUAGAGGCCGCUGUACGUCACUUCAGCGUGCCUGGGGCAUUGCCUACCGCACCCCAGCAACCUCCUGUAACGUCACACCCCAUAGUGACUAGCCACCCCUCGAUACCCCACGCCGGUACCCCGCCUUAGGACCACGCCCUUGCGAAUUGCGAAUAAAUGAGUUAGCUUUUCAUUAUAAUUGACUCAUAAGAAACAUCUUCUUUUGUCUACAUAGCGUGAAACUUGAGUUGUGCAUUAUAUUUGACAGUUUUAUAUCUAAAGAAAAUAAUGGUGCAAUUCACUUCCCCAAAAUUUUUUUACUUGUCAAAUAAGGAGGAUAUGAAAAAUCUUUUUUAACAUCCGAUUGGUUCUAUAGUGAACUUAAUAAUUUCAUUUUUCUAGUUAACUCCUAAUGAACAACUCUAAUUCUGUAAAGUUUCUGAUUAUGUGUUAAAUAUUUUUUCUCUGUGAGGUUUGAUAAGGACAGUUCCGAAAAUAUAAGAUUGUGACUAAUACCUUUACACCUUAAUGUUAUAGAGAAAAAGAAACUGAUAGUGUCUAAUUUGAUGAUAAUUAGCUAAAAGGCGAAGUAGAUGUUUCUGCAGUUAUUACAUUCAUCUGAAAUAAAAUUUUGCACCCGCCAAAAUUAAGUUUUGAAAAUGAUAUCUAACACUUAAUUUUAUAAUAAAUAAUGAUUAAAAAUUAAAAAGAUGAAUUAGCUAAAGUUUGUUUAACAGAAUAUAAGGUUUUGAUCUGACAAUAUAUGACAUUAUUCAUGACUUAUGCCCAAUUAAUGUAUCUUAUGUAUUAGCUGUAAUAUCUACCAGUUGUUUUCCAUAGACAACACACAUUUCUUAUUAUGAUGCAUGGACCUACAAGUGGUAUUUUGAAUAAUAUGUAUAAUUGAAUAUAUAUUUAAGAUUUUUUUAUAAUGUGUGAGCUCAGUAUUACUAGCAGUCAAUGCCAGUUAGUUUUAAGAUUAAAUAAUUUGCUUUUGCAUUCUUGAGAUUAGGAUUGUAUUAACAUUUCUAAUUUAAUGAAAAGAAAUAUAUUAUUAGUUUAAUAUGGAAUUAUACUUCUUGUAUGACUAGUUUCACAAAAUCUUUUGGUUAUAAAGUUGUCUACAUGUGGAUUUAAGUCUAGUUUCAAGAGAUUGUUUCAUAACUAUGAAUGGUCCUCUUAAUUUGAAUAGGAAAUAAAGUGUCAUUCUUGUCUUCUUAGUCAGUUAGCCUGUGAUAGAUUUAAAAUUAAUAUCCCUGUAUGAAGGUGUAUAUUUUAUGUGAGCCUUAACAUUCCUUAUACAUAUAUUUUAAAAUGUAACUCAACUGCUUAGUUGUAUACAUUAAUAGUGGAGUUUAUAGAAGGUAACUAUUUUUGUAUGCUUUAGCUUGUAUUUAUUUAAUUAUCCAUUGUUGCAUUACGCACUAAAUAUGCACAAUUUUAAUUCCUCUAGUCAUUAUAAAUAUAAAUUUUGGCAUGUAGCUUGAUCAGUAGACCCAAUAAUAAAUUUCUGUGCAGGGAAUAUCUAUCUAUGGUCAACACAUUUGCCGAGAAUUAUAUUAAUUUUAAGAAAUUUUAUUUAUACUGUAACUCUCAAAAACUGAAAAACAUUAAUGUUAAUAAAACAAUUUAUAAAUAUUGAUAUUUAGAAGGACCACCUUAGUAACUUAAUAUUUCUUUGCUUGUUCUUGCUGUGCAAAAAGAAUGUAGUACAUUUUUACUAUUUUUUAUGUAUGAACAUCAAUUAUAUUUAAAAUA